AUGAGAAGAUUUUACGAUCGCCUAUUCCUACCAUUCCUUACCCGCAAAUAUCUGUCGCUGAAUAUAUUUUUGGUCGUCUUAAGCAAUAUGAUAGCCGCAAAACUGUCCUUGUUGAUUGAUUGUCCUUCGGGUCGGAAACACAACUCACAACAAGUUUACGACCACUCGUAUAACAUUGCGGCCGCUUUUGUCUCAUUGGGUCUCCAGAAAGGAGAUGUGGUUUUAUUCAUAUCUCCAAACAGUGAUUAUUAUGCCAUCGCUUUGUUGGGAGUGAUGGCCGCCGGCGGUGUCUUCAGCGCCUGCAGAGAGAUCUUCAACGCUGUUGAGGACACGACCGCCAAGUAUUUGGUUUGUACUAAAGAAAACUUGGAGGACAUCAAGAAGAUUGCCGACAGUUUACCACAGAUUAGGUGUGACAUUGAUUUACCCAAACGAGUCAAUUGCGAGACAGAUAUGGCGGCACUUCUUCUGUCGUCGGGCUCUACCGGUCGUCCCAAACCUAUAAUCCGUAGCCAUAAGAACGUGAUUAAUCUGACCCAUCAGUACCAACACCCGGAGAUUUGGGGCUUAACCGACAAAAGUGUUCACUCGUGUCAAAACACUUUCUGCCAUUCAACACUUCUUAGGAAUCAUAUAACACCUCAUACUAUAUGUCCGCACGCGUUGAUAGCAGACCAUACAAUUAAGACUAUUGAUAACAAUGAUAUGAUCUUUAGCUGUAAUGGUAACGAUAGAUACAUCAAUGGAGUCCAUAUGAACGGACAAAUGUUAGGCGCUGCCAAUGGUGUCAUCAAUGUUGUCGAUGAGGUCCUUAUACCCGAUUCAGUGAAGAGUUUAUACGAAUUGGUGGACAAAAGGCAACAAUUGAGUUCAUUUAAGCGCACUUUAGACCAGUGCCCCGAAGAAGUGCUUGUGUUGGAAGAAUCAAAUCGAUCGUACAGUUUGUUUGCGCCAAACAAUUAUGCGUUUGAAAAACUGAAAUCAUAUCAAUUGGGAAACAUUUUAGAUAAUUGCAGACUAUUUGUCGAAAGCCAUUUGAUUCCUUACAGACUCACAACCAAAUCAAUUACCAAUAAUAAGACAAUUUACACGUUAGCAAAGAAUCGCUUCAUUAAUUGCACCAUUACUGCAAAGGGAAUUUCAGUUAAUUCAGCGCUAAUUAAAGAAUACGAUAUCGAAGGAGCGAAUGGUGUUUUGCAUAUCAUCGAUGAAGUGCUUAUAAUACCAUAG